GGCGGCGGCUCAGGGAAGCUGCGGCGCCUCCCGCGACCUCCUCCCGGUUUCCGCGCCCCCGGGACCAUGGCCGCGCUGGCGGGUGAAGAUGCCUGGAGGUGUCGGGGCUGUGGGGACCAUGUUGCUCCAAGCCAGAGGUUGUACCGGACUGUCAGCGAAGCCUGGCACAGCUCUUGCUUCCGGUGUUCGGAAUGCCAAGAUUCCCUGACCAACUGGUACUAUGAGAAGGAUGGGAAGCUCUACUGCCACAAGGACUACUGGGGGAAGUUUGGGGAGUUUUGCCAUGGGUGCUCCCUGCUAAUGACAGGGCCUGUCAUGGUGGCCGGGGAGUUCAAGUACCACCCAGAGUGCUUUGCCUGUAUGAGCUGCAAAGUGAUCAUUGAGGAUGGGGAUGCAUAUGCCCUGGUGCAGCACGCUACCCUCUACUGUGGGAAGUGUCACAAUGAGGUGGUACUGGCACCCAUGUUUGAGAGGCUCUCCACGGAGUCCGUUCAGGACCAACUGCCCUACUCCGUCACACUCAUCUCCAUGCCAGCCACCACUGAGGGCAGGCGGGGCUUCUCUGUGUCUGUGGAGAGUGCCUGCUCCAACUAUGCCACCACUGUGCAAGUAAAAGAGGUCCACCGGAUGCACAUCAGUCCCAACAACCGCAAUGCCAUCCACCCCGGGGAUCGCAUCCUGGAGAUUAAUGGGACCCCUGUCCGCACACUUCGAGUGGAGGAGGUGGAGGAUGCAAUUAGCCAGACGAGCCAGACACUUCAGCUGUUAAUUGAACAUGACCCCGUCUCCCAGCGCCUGGACCAGCUGCGACUGGAUGCCCGGCUCUCUCCCCACAUACAGAAUGCUGGACACUCCCACACCCUCAGCACUCUGGACACCAAGGAAAAUCUGGAGGGGACACUGAGGAGACGCUCCCUGAGGCGCAGUAACAGUAUCUCCAAGUCCCCUGGCCCCAGCUCCCCAAAGGAGCCUCUACUGCUCAGCCGUGACAUUAGCCGGUCGGAAUCCCUCCGCUGUUCCAGCAGCUACUCACAGCAGAUCUUCCGGCCAUGUGACCUGAUCCAUGGGGAGGUCCUCGGGAAGGGCUUCUUUGGGCAGGCCAUCAAGGUGACACACAAAGCCACAGGCAAAGUGAUGGUCAUGAAGGAGUUAAUUCGAUGUGAUGAGGAGACACAGAAGACUUUUCUGACUGAGGUGAAAGUGAUGCGUAGCCUGGACCACCCCAAUGUGCUCAAGUUCAUUGGUGUGCUUUACAAGGACAAGAAGCUGAACCUACUGACAGAGUACAUUGAGGGGGGUACACUGAAGGACUUUCUGCGCAGUGUGGACCCGUGCCCCUGGCAGCAGAAGGUCAGGUUUGCUAAAGGCAUCGCCUCUGGAAUGGCCUAUUUGCACUCCAUGUGCAUCAUCCACCGGGAUCUGAACUCGCACAACUGCCUCAUCAAGUUGGACAAGACUGUGGUGGUAGCAGACUUUGGGCUGUCACGGCUCAUAGUGGAAGAGAGGAAAAGGCCCCCAGUGGAGAAGGCCACCACCAAAAAACGCACCUUGCGCAAGAGUGACCGCAAGAAGCGCUACACGGUGGUGGGAAAUCCCUACUGGAUGGCCCCUGAAAUGCUGAAUGGAAAAAGCUAUGAUGAGACAGUGGAUGUCUUCUCUUUUGGGAUCGUUCUCUGUGAGAUCAUUGGGCAGGUUUAUGCGGAUCCUGAUUGUCUGCCACGAACACUGGACUUUGGCCUCAACGUGAAGCUUUUCUGGGAGAAGUUUGUCCCCACAGACUGCCCCCCAGCCUUCUUCCCCCUGGCUGCUAUCUGCUGCAAACUGGAGCCUGAGAGCAGACCAGCAUUCUCAAAACUGGAGGACUCCUUUGAGGCCCUCUCCCUGUACCUGGGAGAGCUGGGCAUUCCAUUGCCUGCAGAGCUGGAGGAGCUGGACCACACUGUGAGCAUGCAGUACGGCCUGACCCGGGACUCACCCCCCUAGCCCCAGCCCAGCCCCCUGCAGGGGGGUGUUCCACAGCAGCAUUGCCCCCUCUGUGCCUCAUCCCUGCUAUGAGCAGGGCCGUCCAGGCUUCCUGUGGAUUGGCAUCUUGUUUAGAAGCAGAACAAGUCAUCCCUACUACCUCCCCAGGAGGCGAGCGGGCGCAGCACUAGGGAAGCAUAUCUCCACAGGUUUUGAGGCCUGGUUAUUGUCUGUAAAUCCAAGACUUGUCUGAAAGCUGUGAAGAAGAACAAAAGCCUGUCCUCUGGGCCAGGAAGAUUCUGUUACUUGGGACCACUCAGGAACUCCCUGGCAUUGGGAUUCUGGGAGGCUCUUGCUUAUAGUAAUCAGCGUGACCUGGACCUGCUGGGCAGGAUCCCAGGGUGAACCUGCCUCUGGGUUCUGAAGUCUCCAAUCCAGCUGGGUAUAGGAGGAUUUCAAGUGGGAGUGUGGAUGAGACAAAGACUGGUGGCCAGAUGGCACUGGAAGAGUGUGAAAUGACAGUGCUGCUCCCCCCUUCCACUCCAGGUCUCACCCUCCCUGAGGUGGAGGUUGAAGGAAUAGAUUUUGAAGAGUCCCUUAGUAUGUGGUAGAACUGGCCAGGAGUCAAGGAAUGGGCUGGUUUCUGCUUGCCUGCCCGGGGGGUGGCUUUACCCAGCCUAGGGACCACAUCAAUGUGAGGGGAGCUUCCACCUCAUGUUCUCAAACUAUCCUACUAGAGACUGCCUAAGAACAUCUGGGCAACAUCUUUUUUGUCUGCAACAAGCAAUCACCCACAAGCACAGGAAGAAGCUGAAAAGAGGCCUUGCUCUCUAAAAAGCUCAUAUCGUGGCUGCUGUUACUCAUACCCGGCUGGGCUCCUCAGUCAGAAGCCAGAGACAUUUUACCUAAAGCUAGAUGGGUCCUGGAGGACAGUGUGGCUUGUCACAGGCCUAAGAGUCUGAGGCAGGGGAAUGGGAGUCUCAGCAAUCUCUUGUCCGUGUGGCAGCCACUGCUAACCUUUCGACAUGCCAGGUCUAGACAGCAACUUCAGCUGGAAAGAGAUGGUGGCAGAGUCCCAGAGCUGAGAUGCUGAGAAAUAGCUCCCUGAGUUAGGCUAUCUGGCUUCUACCUCCCUUGUUGGCUGGCCCUGCUCACUAGCUCCUGGCCACAACCUCCUGAGCCAUAGCCACAGGCACUAGAAAGCCGUGGGUGCACCCUCCACCUUAGCUCCCAGAGCUCCAGGGACUCUUCAGCAUAACUAGAUUUGCCUCCUCCUAAGUGUCUGUGAGCUUACAAAUUGGGAAUGGGUUUGGGUAUUAAUGCAAUGUGUGGUGGUUGUAUUGGGGGUGGGUGGAGGUGGAGUGAUCUAGGAGAGUGGUUGCUGUUAAUAUUAUCUUGUUGUAUCUAUUAGGUGAUAUGUGAACUAUUUGUACAUAGACCUGAUGAGUUAUGGGAUCAGAUGUCAUCUCUGAACAGAGUUUACUUCCUAUAUAGACUGUACUUACGUGUGGAGUUUGCAAGCUUGCUGUAGGGUUGAGCCCUGGACUCCCAGCAGCAGCACGGAUCAGUGUUGUGUGGCUGGUUGUCCCCAGCAAGCGUGGGAGUGGUGGGCCUAAGCUGGGCCAUUGAGCAGACUAAAUAAAUUAAGCAGUUAACGUAAGUG